AUGCAACUUACCAAAAUUAUCGUCGCUAUAGCUAUAACCGUUGCCAUAUCAAUCACUUUGGCAAUGAAAAGCAUUGGCGUCGCUGAAGAGAAGCUUCCUCCGAUCACUCUGAUUGAUUCUUCAACCUCAUUCCCAAACGCUGAUCAACCGUUGCAAAUUCCUUCCAAAAGGGUAAGUCGCUUCCUUAAGCAAGAAGAAGCAGCUAGGAACCCUAGAGCUGCUCACCAUUGCAACAAAGACAAAGAGGUUUGCUACGUUAUUGGUGGCCACAACUCCACUUGCUGCAACAACAAAUGUGUGUAUUUGGUCACGGACAACCAAAACUGCGGUGCAUGCAAGAGGAAGUGCAAAUACACCGAGGUUUGCUGCAGGGGAGAGUGCGUCAACAUUUCUUUCGACAAAAGGCAUUGUGGGGAAUGCAACCACCGGUGCGAUUCGGGUGAAUAUUGUAUUUACGGAAUGUGUAAUUACACAUGA